UCCCAUCGGAGGCGUUGCCAAGAAACAUAUAAAUGGUAGACAUCGCGGUCCAUUCGCCACUAACGGUUCCAAAAUCUCCCAGGAGCAUCCGGCAGCAGAGACUCCCAGCUGACCAUGAGGAUCUCCAGACUGGCGGCGCUGCUGCUGCUGUUGCUCUGCAUCACCCAGUGUCUCCUGGCGGAGAGCAGAGAGGGCCAGCAGAAGAGGAGGAGGAAGGGCAAAGGACAGCAGCCCCAGGCCCAGCGAGGGGAGCCGCAGGACGGGGGGAAGAAGGGCAGCCAGCCCCCGAGCCCGGCCGCCGAGGGCAAAAAGCAGCGGAGAGCCCGCGGCUCAGCGCCCAACCAAGGGCGCUUCCGCAGCCGGGAGCAAGCCGAGUGCAAGUGGGUGCUGCGGGGGUCGGAAGGCUCGGACAUGAACCUGCGUGUGCAGUGCAAAAAAGGGCCGAGCGACUACUGGUGCGAGUUCACCGGGAAACCCUCGGCCUGCGCCAAGUACUCGCAUAUUGCGAAAACUUACUGGAAGCAAGUGAUCCGGCCCCUGAAGAAGCAGACGGCACUGUGCAGCCAGCCCUCGGUGGUGCUGAAGUCCAGCCUGUGCCGCAGCACGAAAGCAGCUCAUCUGAAAAUGACCAGCUCCAGCCUGCUCACCCUUGCAGACCAGGGAAAGGAGCAGGAGAAGACACUGAGCUCAGAUCCUACCGCCAAUCCAGAUAUAGACAAGAUCGCUUCGGAAUAUUGUAAUGAUAACUGGAGUUCUGUUUGCAAGUUCCUGUUCUCAGCAAUCCAGGGCUAAUACAGCAGGGAUUCUCGGAAUGGUGUGUCUCUUGUGAUUGUCCAUUUUGCUUCCUGUUUAAAGAUUGGGACUAUAUUGAUUGUAUAGGUGAUCAAUUGUUGUAGAAGUUCCACGUUUUAUAAAGUGAGUUUGUAAAAUGUAAGGUGCCCCUAAUUUAUUAACAGGCAGUCUGGAGUACACUCGCCGUCGGUUCCCAGCCGCUACAUGUUGUCGGACAGCGCCUAGGCACACUCUAGACAAACGAGUACAAAUCCUCUCGCUGUCUGCCCCCAAAGUAACCCAUUACCAGCACCGUCCCGUUUGAAAACUGCCAGUCACAUUCUGCUCAGCAAGCGGUUGGGCAGAAUAUGUUUUAUAUACCCAUGGCGCCAGUUUUAGUGUGUUUUCUUUUAAAAAGAAAGGUCCACAUUCUGCUUUCUUCAGUGCUUUUUGCAGUCUCGAUGGCUCCGAUUUCUUACGGUCAAUAUCGCUCAUACUUCGGGACAUUAUAUUACUUCCAUUAACAACACAGCCGCUAGUACUACUGACAUUUCAAAGAUCUUUUCUAAAACAUUAACAGCAGCAUUUUGUAAAUAAAGCCAGCUAUAUUUAACAAAACUGUUAAUAAAAAAAACUUUUUUGAAAACGUUA